AUGACAAAUGAACUAAGUAACGUGUACAUAGAUGAAGAUGGUAAUCUACAAUUUGGAAAUCAAUAUCUCGAAGAAAUUGAACAAAAGCAAGCAUCUGCCAGUGGAUUGAUGUUUUUGAAAAAGAAUGUUUACGUUUUGAUAUUACGGAAGAUGAGAAAAAAAAUUGAGAUACUCAGACUAUUCAUGGACAAAAGUUGCGCUGAUUGGUAUAGUUCUAUGAUUAUAAAAUUAACACUGAACUCAGAGUGGUCUAUAUGGAAAAAUAAAUUCUGUAAAUCAUUUGCAAAUCAAGGCUGGAACCAAGUGACUUAUGCGUUGUUAUUUAAGUACAAGGAUGGUUCAUUGGUGGAUUAUGCUAUAAAAAAAGAAAAACUUUUACUGGACAUGAGAACAUCAAUAGAUACAGGUACUCUAGUGGAUCUAAUUGCAGCUGGAUUGCCAGGCUUUGUUCUAGAAAAGAUAAAUAGACAAUCAAUGGAAGAUACAGUAGACUUAUUCAAUGAAGUAAGAAAGUAUGAACAUUUGAUGAAUAAAAAUAAGAAUGGAGCCUACACGAGAUACGAAAAUCAGAAGAUAUAUAACAAAAUUGAGGAACGUACUUAA